AUGGUCAAGCUCCCUUCAGGUGCAAAGAAGAUUGUGCCAAGUGGCUGUCGUGCCAUGGUUGGGCAGAUUGCCGGAGGUGGUAGAACUGAGAAGCCAAUGUUGAAGGCUGGAAAUGCAUCGUGGCCCAAGGUUCGUGGUGUUGCUAUGAAUCCCGUGGAGCAUCCUCAUGGUGGUGGUAACCAUCAACACAUUGGUCAUGCCAGUACUGUCCGUCGCGAUGCACCACCCGGCCAAAAGGUUGGUCUUAUUGCUGCCAGAAGAACCGGGCGUCUCAGGGGUCAAGCUGCUGCUACAGCUGAUAAGGCCUAG